CCUAGGGUUUCAUAAAUCAAUUGUCGUUUACUCGCAACAGCUCUUGCUCAAUUCCGCUAGGGUUUCAGAGGGACUUGAAUCAUUCAACACCGAUUGAACUGCGAUUCUGUCAUGAUGUGAUCGAACAUCUUAUGAGAUCGUGCAAUUGGAAUCGUUCAACAUCGAUUUAAUCAGGUUCAAUCAUCCUGCAAUUAGAGUUUUUCAUCGGCGAUUCAAUCAGACGCAAUCAUUCGUGCAUUUGCAAUUGGAACCUUCUCUAACAUCAUUCAAUUGGAAUCAUCAUUCUGAAAUAAGUCGAAAUCAUUGUUCAAUUGGAAUCAUCAUUCGGAGAUCUGGUUUCAAUCGAUUCUGUAUUCACUCGGUACGUCGUGCUUAAACAUCGAAGGCUGGUGGAUUUCAAUCGAUACGUCCUUAUUUCAUUAAACUUCUAGGUGAUUCAUUUGAAUAUCUUGUUUUCAAGUUUAGUUGAUCAUUUAAUCAAUCUACACAGAUUCAAUAUCUCUGAAUAUUUAUCAGGAAUUCGUAUUUAUUGUUGGAUAAGGUUAAAUCUGGUUGCUGAUUUUGGGAGAUUAGUAGAGAAUGGAGAAAUCGAGUGCUUUAGACUACAUCAACCAUAUGUUUCCUACAAGUUAGUUCAUUUCAUCUUCUAUGUAUUAUUACAUGUGUGGUUUAAUUUUAAGGUCUGAUCAUGGUGAGAUACUUUCUUCUUGAAAGUUCACCAUAUUUUAUAAUAAGGCUGGCGUAAGCUUAUGUCUGCAGCAGUGUGAUACACGGUCACUGAUUUGGAUCCAUCCAACCGAUGCUCCAAGCCAUUUUAGAUGGCAGACAUCUGCCAAAGUUGAAUUAUUAAAGGUCUGGAUGCUCCCUUUGUGAAUACUACUGAUUAAUAUGUUUAUUGCUUACUUCUGUUUCGUAGUCAAUUUUUACCUCUACUAUAGUUAAAGACUGAUGGAUACCGUUGGAAUGAAAGUACUGGCAAACAAUCGUAUUUUAAGGUUGAAGUAAGGAAUGGAACAACAAGCACACGCUUUGAUGUCAUCUUUUGACCCAAUUCAUUUUCAAGCCAGUACAGGAUUGAAAACCAUAGUAUGUUUUUACCCUUCCAUUUUCGGCAAACGGAUGGUGCUGAUGAUUCAUGGCACUGUCUACAUCCUUGCACAAGUGCUUCAUUUUUAUGAGAAGACCUUGGUAGAGAACGAAUCCUGGAGGUCAUGGUGGAUGACACUGACAUUAAAGAUUCAGCUAAGUACAAAAUUGAUCAAAAUUUGGAUUGUCUUUUAGCUCAAGUUAGCAUCAAUCUAAGAUCUAUUACCUUAGCAUCAAUCCUGAAGGUCAUGGUGUUGUUCGUUCUGUCCCAACUGAAUUGAAGAAAGAUCACAAUGAAAUUCUGGAGUUAUCCCAGCUUGGUGGUUAGUUUGGCUUAUCCUCUUGUCGGCGGCGGCGGUCACGAUGUUCCCUUCAUCAAAACUAAAACACCAGAAAACUGCCAGUUCACAGUUUCUGUCUUAUCCAAAGUCUACUACCCACCUGGGUUUUCUCGAAAGGUGUUGGCGGAAGCGGUUGCUACAUUCUUGUUGGUGUUUGUUACGUGUGGAUCUGCGGCGUUAACCACAAGUGAUGAUGGGAAACUGUCGCAACUCGGAGCAUCUUUAGCCGGUGGGCUGAUUGUGACGGUCAUGAUCUAUGUUGUUAUGAUGUUUUGAUGUUUGGAUUUGGGAAAUUUAGUUUUAGUUAUUUGAUGUUUUGAUUUGGAUGUUUAUUAUGAGGAACUUUGGAUGUAUAAUUUUUUAUAUUUUAAUGGAAUGGCAACAAGUUAUAAAU